AUGUCGAGCCUGCUCCCCUCCCUCCGCGCCGCGACGCUCGCCCGCGGUACCCACCGCUCCAUCCUGCGCGCGUCGAACGCCGUGCGGCAUCUCAACCUGCACGAGUACCAGUCGCAGGAGCUGAUGCGCGGUGCGGGCAUCGCCGUCCCGCGCGGCUUUGACGUCGACUCCCGCGCAGCCGCGCUGGCGGCCGCGGAGGAGAUCGCCUCCACGGGCGCCGACAUCGUCGUCAAGGCCCAGGUGCUCGCGGGCGGCCGCGGCCUCGGCGCCUUCAAGAACGGCUUCAAGGGCGGCGUGCACAUGUGCUACACCCCGCAGAACGCCGCAGACACCGCUGAGAAGAUGAUCGGGCAGCACUUGGUCACCAAGCAGACCGGCGCGGAUGGCCGCCUCUGCUCGAAGGCCCUCGUCACGGAGAGGCUGUAUUUGAGAAGGGAAAUGUACUUCGCCAUUUUGUACGACAGGGAGAGCCAGGGGCCCGUCAUUGUCGCUAGUCGCGUGGGGGGGACUUCGAUUGAGGAUAUUGCUGCCGCGGAUCCUACCGCUAUCACCAAGGUCCCGGUCGACAUCCGGGCGGGGUUGAGCAAGGAGGACGCCCAGACUUGUGCCAAGGCGCUUGGGUUUGAGGGGGGAGAGGGAUUGGAGAAGGCCGUUGGCCAAGUGGAAAAGUUGUACGAGAUGUUUAUUGAGAAGGAUGCCACUUUGCUGGAGAUUAAUCCGCUCGCGGAGACUAGUGACGGCGACGUCGUUUGCAUUGACGCCAAGAUUAACUUUGACGACAACGCCGAGUUUAGACAUGCCGACAUCUUCGAGAAGAGAGAUACUAGCCAAGAAGAUCCGCGUGAAGUCCGUGCUUCGAAGUUCGAUCUCAACUACAUUGGCUUGGAUGGUAAUAUCGGAUGUCUCGUCAACGGCGCGGGGCUGGCUAUGGCCACUAUGGAUAUAAUUAAGCUGCACGGAGGUGAGCCUGCUAAUUUCCUUGAUGUUGGUGGGAGCGCCACGGAGGAACAAGUAAUGGAGGCCUUCACAAUUUUGAACGACGAUCCCAACGUCGAGGCCAUCCUCGUCAAUAUUUUUGGUGGCAUCAUGCGGUGCGACGUCAUCGCUCAGGGCAUUAUCAGCGCUGCUAACAAGCUUGACAUGCGCGUCCCUGUCAUUGUCAGGCUGCAAGGGAACAAAGUAGAUGAAGCAAAAGACCUUAUCCGUAACAGUGGGCUCAAGCUCGUCGCUUCCGAUGAUCUCGACCAGGCCGCUAAGAAGGCAUGCAAGCUGGCGGAAAUCGUCAAACUGGCCAACGCCGCCGACGUCAAGGUUAGCUUCUCAUCAUAAACUACAUACGCUAACUAUA